AUGUAUCCGGCCGCCGGCUCUUGCGGCUGGGGGCCUUGCGGGGCUGCGGCGAGGCCCCCGACGGAGUGGGAGCGGGAGCGCUACUGCUCCUGCUCCUGCUCCGAGGCCGGCGGAGGGCCAAGCGCAGCCCGGCGGCCGCUGGCUCCAGCUCCGGCUCCAGCAGGGGAGGGGACAUCCGCUGUGGGGAGCUGCAGCCAGAGCGGAGCCCAGCGGCUGGGUCGGGCGUACCCAGUCACCGCCGUACCCGUACCCGGCCCCGGCCCCGGCCCCAGCCCCGGGCAGAGGAAGCACAGCAGCCCGGAGGAGAUCCGGGCGGCCGAGUGGGGCUGGGAGAUCCUCCAGCGGGAACGGAAGGCUGCGGAGGAGAGCGAGAUGCUGGAGAAACACGAUCGGAAGGCAGCCGACGUUGCCCUCAAGUACAUUCGGCCGGAGGAGUGCUUGAAGUACAUGAGGGUGUGUGUGGAUCCAGCUAUCCUGGAAGAUACGGGUGGAUACAUUCUGCUCGAUGUUCUCAACUCGCUGGAAUCAGAAUACAGCAUUGAACCUCAGGCAGUUCCUUCCACUAUUACAUGGAGAAGAGAAUUUCCUGAAGUGAUGCUCGGUGACUUGUCUGAGGAGACUAAAAAUAUGUACAAAUCCAAGGAAGAAAAUCAAGUUUUGGUGCUGCUUUCACCAAAUUACUUUCUCAAGAUGGUCUGGUCACAUAAACAGAAAAUGAAGGGCAUUUUCACUGAAAACAUUUGUGAAACAUUUGAUAGCUUUAUAAUGAGAGUACUGGACAAGCAACUUCGUAGAGCAGCCACAUUAGCGGUCAUUGGAUUGGAUACUUACACAAGGGAAAAAGGGCUUUACAGUCCUGUGAAGCGACCGAAGAACUCAGAAAGUAACAGGGUUGAAGAUUCGGAGUCUUGGGUCAGCAGGGAGCUCGAACUGACCUGUGCAGAUUUGGAUGAGGUGCAGGUGGCCCUACAGUUGCAAACGCACACAACAGUUUGGUUUUUAGAGAACUGGCAACAGUUUGCUGAUCAUGUUGCAACACUUACAAAGGCAAUAGCUCGAUGCCCUUUCAAAAAGCAGACAGAGAAAAUGACCUUCUCCUUCUGCCCUGAUGGGACGUGGUCCACUGGUGUGAAAGUGGAUAAGGAUGGAAAGGGCCUCCUGAAAUUAUGGAAAAAACAGCUUCAGCAGCUCAACAGGAUCACCCAACCAGUGGCAAUGGCUAUAGCACAAGCCUAUCCUACACCAAAGCUGCUCUUACGGGCUUAUAGACAGUGCGCCACAGAGUGGGAGAAACAGAAUCUUCUAUCCGAGGUUAAAGUGUAUGCUGCAGGAAAACGUGUGGAUCGACGAGUUGGACCAGACAUUUCACGCAGGUUGUAUAUUUUCAUGACUUCAGAAAAUUCUGACAUAGUUUUGGACAAAAGUGGUUAA